CACUUCUUGUUAUUGUAUUUCAUAACUACCUCACCUUGCUGUUUUCCUUGCAUUUUCCGGUAAAUAACAAAAUUAAUUAAUCAAAAUGAACAUUGGAAAACUGAUCACCCCACUGAGGAGCAGCACGUGGUCGGUGCGGAGCUACGGAAAGCACAACAAGAAGUUUCUCUACAAAAAUGGCCAGAAAUUCGAGGGUAUUACCUACUAUCCCAGGACCCCGGAUCACCAGGAUCCCGCCGUGGAGCCGUCGAAACUGUUUCGGGUGCAGCGCAUCAAGCCGGUCAAGGGUAAUCCCUAUUGGGAGAAGCGAAUCCUCAAGGAUCUUGGGCUGGAUGGCAAGCAGAGCGACUUCACGGUGGUCAAGAACAUCCCGGAGAAUAAUGCGCGCCUGUGGAAGAUCAAGCACCUGGUGAAGGUCACCCCGGUGACGUUUCCCUAUGGAGAGCCCACUGCCCAGGAUGUCCGGCACACGAUACUGAAGGAGAACGGCGAGUGCCUGGUUACAAAGGACCUGGGACCCAUUGAGAUCCGGCUGGAAGCUCGCCAGGAUUACGAUGAGCAGCCCAAGAGACUGGACACCGACCUGCUGCGCAAAGAUGCCCGCCUCAAGUGGCUAAAUCCCUGGUAGUUACAAUGCCCUCUUAAACUUUAUUCUUUAAAAUAUUCUCAAAAAAUACAAUACGAAAUGUGAAAGAG